CAGAACACUGCAGCUGUCAACAUAACUGUAAAGCUAUGACAGCUGUUGUUCUGUUGGCUCAUCUAUAUUUAUCAUAUUUGCUACACUGCAAUGUGUGACGUAGUGCCACCAUCAGCAGUGUCAAGUUUCAGCACCAAAGCAUGCAGCACACCCAGCCACAAGAGUAGGGUUAGGGUUCGGUUCAUGAACAAAAAGCACGGAGGAAGGCAAGGUGUAAGCAAGGGAGUUGUCUUGUAAUGUGCCACCGGUUUAUACAUUUGUAGUCGAGGCUACUGAAGGUCUAUUUGGUUGUGCCGCCUUGGGGACAGUGCGCUCCAACGUUAACCAAAUGGAAUGACCACCGCUCAUUCUCUCACAGGGAUUGCGAACACAUGCCAGAGGUGAGAAGGUACCAUUUGAGGCGAUGACAUCAUGCCUGUACGAGUGCCUGCGCGAGGUCGGGCUUCAGCGUCACUACCCUUGUUUUACAGCCAUGGGAUUGAGACGCGCGGGACACCUGUCUUUGCUCACCAUGGGCGACUACUCGAGCUUGGGGGUCCACAGCAUGGAGGACCGUGCCCGGCUGUUCCACCUGGUACAGCUGGUCAAGUCUCUGAAGGAAGAGGAAGAGGAGGACCAUGGGGGCCACGAUGACGAUAGAGUUGUGAUAACAACAAAGACUUUCACUUCAGGCAGCAAAGUCCCCACAUGCAGGCAGCUAGAUUUUGAUGGUGAUGGUAGGUCUAGCGAGCCCAAACGCGGAUGGCUCAGUGACUAUGACAGUCACAGGGGGGCUGGUGUCCACCCCUUCCCGAGCCCGAACACAGGGGUUAAACCCCAACCACGCUGCGACCUCAGCAGAGGGUCACCCAUACACAGAACCCAGAUCAGUGGGACGCCGAGGCGUAGCUGUCCUCACAAGCAAACUGUCAGACGGACCACAAUGCACAGGAGCAACAGCAAAGUGACCCAUCGUCAGAGCGUCUGCAUUUACAAGGACGGGACGACCAUCGGCAGCAGGCCAAGACCUGAGGUGUGCCGGGAGGAGGAUGGGACAUCCAGGAGGACGGAUGAGCCCACAUACAUGUACACAUCGAGGAGAACUCUUGGCUGCAACUAUGGUCUGCCCCUGAGUAGCCCGGUGUCAACCAGAAAGGAGGCAGGUGGGCAGAGGAUCAGUGUGUGUGUGAGGAAGAGGCCCCUGACCUAUGCUGAGAACAGGAGAGGGGAGGCAGACGUUGUCACAGCCCAUGAUGGAGAUUCUGUGGUAGUCCAUGAGAGCAAAGAGGCAGUGGACCUGACCCAGUACAUACUCCAACACAGGUUUAAUUAUGAUGAGGUGUUUGGGGAAGAGAGCUCCAAUGUGGAUGUGUACCUGAAAACAGCCUUUCCGCUGAUACAGCAUGUCCUCAACGGAGGCAAGGCCACUUGUUUUGCAUACGGCCAGACGGGAGCAGGGAAGACACACACCAUGCUGGGUUGUCCUCCUCAGAGACAGGGGCUAUAUGCUCUGGCUGCCAGGGACAUAUUUACCCAGCUGCACUCCACCCAGGACUGUGGCAACUCUACAGUCCCAUCCCACGUCUAUGUCUAUGUCAGCUUCUUUGAGAUCUACUGUGGCCAGCUCUACGACUUGUUGGACUGUAGAAAACGCUUGUUUGCAAGGGAGGAUGGGCACCAAGUGGUUCAGAUAGCAGGGCUAAGAGAGGUCAAAGUGGAGUCUGUCAACUCAUUGCUGGAGGUGAUUUUGUGGGGUACAGGGGAGCGCACCCAGGGGGUGAGUGGAGUCAAUCCUGUGUCAUCCCGCUCCCACGCUCUGCUCCAGAUACAGCUCAGAGACUCUGGCAAUCGGGCCACUGGCAAGAUGUCAUUUGUGGAUCUGGCUGGGAGUGAGAGAGCAGCAGACUCCAGAGACCCAGACAGACUGAGUCGCAUGGAGGGGGCAGAGAUCAACCAGAGUCUACUGGCACUGAAAGAAUGUAUCCGUUCUCUGGACCAAGAGCAGUCACACACACCGUUCAGACAGAGCAAGCUCACGCAGGUUUUGAAGGACUCCUUUGUUGGUGAUUCAAAGACAUGUAUGAUUGCAAACGUUUCCCCCAGUCACCUAGCAACCAAACACACACUCAAUACGCUGAGAUACGCUGACCGGGUGAAGGAGCUGGGGGGGGGAGGGGGGAGAAGACGGCCCACAGUCACCCCGUCCCCAUCCCCGAAACAUGAUCAGACUAGCAGCAGUGGUACUAGUGCCAGCAGGGGGAAAAGUCCCCCAAAAAGGGUGAAGUUGGGGGACACAGGGAGGCCCGAAAUGUGACUGGCACCCCUGCCAGGAGGUUAGCCCCAGGGGGAGCUCUGCUCUGCUCCACACCAAAGGGCCGGGGGGCGGGGGAGGG